AACAGGACAUUCUAGAGAAGUAGCAGCAUGCACUUUAAUAUUUUGCUUCUUGGAAGUAUUCAUAACUGAAUGCUGCUUAAAAAAUGCCAAAUGUUGACAGUGUGAAAGUGGCAGUUCGAGUGAGACCUUUCAGUCAGAGAGAGAAGGAUGCAGGAAGUAGGUGUGUGAUUUCUAUGGACUCCAACAGUACAAGCAUCUAUGAUCCUAGGAAUCCAGGGCACGUGAAAACCUUCACAUUUGACCUGGCGUAUUGGUCUCACAGUGGCUUUCUGAAGGAUGAGAACGGUAUGCUCAUCUCAGCGGGAUCUAACACUUACGCAGGCCAGAGAGAAGUCUUUCGUGAUCUUGGCCAAGGAGUGCUGCAGAGUGCCUGGCAGGGUUACAAUGCAACUCUUCUAGCAUAUGGCCAGACUGGCUCUGGGAAGAGCUACUCCAUGAUUGGGUAUGGUGCAAACAGAGGACUGGUUCCCAGUGUGUGUGAAGAGCUCUGCAAAGCAAUCCAGAGUCAGGAAAAGAACAAGCAGUACCAGAUUACUUUCAGCAUGCUGGAAAUCUAUAACGAACAGGUAAUAGACUUGCUGUCUAAGACCAGGAAGCCUGGAGGGCUGAAGAUUAGAGAAGACCAGCAACAAGGUUUUUAUGUGGACGGUUUGAAGCUGGUGCCUUGUGAUAAUUAUGCGCAGAUUGAGAGGUUAAUGGAUCAGGGGAAUAAGAUGAGAACAACAGCUACGACCACCAUGAAUGCCUCCAGCAGUCGAUCCCACAUGGUUAUCACAAUCCAAUUCAAACAGAUUUUCCUAGAUGAAGCUAUCACUAAGCAGUCAGUUAUCAAUCUGGUGGACUUGGCAGGAAGCGAAAGGCAAAAAUCAUCAGGAUCUGAAAAAGAUAGAUUGAAGGAAGGAACACGUGUAAAUCUAAGCCUAACCACCUUAGGGAAUGUCAUCAGUGCUCUGGCUGAGGUAGCGACAGGAAAGAAAGUGCUGCAUAUCCCAUACAGGGACUCAGUGCUGACUAAACUCUUGCAAUCUGCUCUUGGGGGGAACAGCAGGACAAUCAUGAUUGCAGCCUUGAGUCCAGCAGACAUCUGCUAUGAAGAAACUUUGUCAACCUUACGAUAUGCUGAAAGGGCAAAAAAGAUCAGGAACAAAGCAGUGGUAAAUGCAGGCCCUACCGAAAAGCUUAUAAGAGAACUGAAAGCUGAAAAUAACAAACUAUUGUCCAGAAUGGCUGGGCUCGGGAGCGCAAGGAGAUCAAUAUCUGAUGAAGCACCAGAGCUGCGACUGCUGGCUGAGAGCGAGGGGCGGACACGGAGCGCACAGAUGACAUGGGAGGCUCGACUGGAGGAGGCCCGGCAGGAGUGGGAGCAGCAGUACUCUGUGAUGACGCAGGCCGGUGUCCCAGCAUCAUGGUUCCAGAUUUUCUUGUCCAGAAAAAACAAACAAGAAGAAAAACCACCAAAAGCUGGGCUUGUAUGUAUAAUAUUAGCUGUUAUUUCAAGCUUUCAGAUACACCCCACUGACAUUACAUAUUUCUCAAUUCUUGUACAGGAGAGGUGGAUGAUGGAAACGUUCCCGUAUCUCCUGAAUAUCAACGAAGAUCCUCAGCUUUCAUGGGUUCUCAAGCAUUUCAUUCAGGAUGGUACUUGUGAUGUUGGUCAAUCAACCUCAAAUGCUAUAAUCCUAAGAGGUUUGGGCAUUUUGGACAAACAUGCAACAUUUACAAAUGCUGAUGGCAAAGUUACCAUAGCGCCACAGGAUAAGUGCAAGGUUGUUGUGAAUGGAGUGACCAUCACAGGGGAAACAGAACUGCAGCACUCGGAUCGUGUUAUUUUGGGAUCAAACAGCACGUACCUCUAUGUCGGGCCACCUGCACAGAGAACAGAGGAGGACCUGAGCAGAUAUGACUACGAUUUCUUUCAGUCUGAGUUGGCAGCAGCAGAAGGUUUCAGUGUGGAUAAACUUGGCACUGUGGGCAGUGGGCAGGACAGAGCAGAUCCCAGUGUCCUGGCGGUAUUUCAUGACUACAUCAAACUGAUGCCACUGGUGGAGGAGGCGAAUCAGAUGAGCCAGGAGCUGGGGAAGGAUCUCAAAUUUGAAUUGAAGGUGAAAAAUCUGGCCUUAUCAGACUCCAGAGGCCAUGACCUACAAAAGGAAAUAACAGUAAAAGUGACACAUGAAACUACACAGCAGGUGUGGGUAUGGUCGAAGGCCAAGUUCAUUAACAGGAAGUUCAUAAUGGAGGAGCUUUACCAGCGCUUUCUGGAAGGGGAGGACCCAGCUGUGAACCAGGACAGCGAUCCCUUCUGGGACCCUGUGGAGGCUGUCCACGUGGGAUCUGCACAUGUUUGGCUGCAGGCGCUGGCGUACCGCAUGAGGCUGGAGGAGCGGGCUGAGCUGCUCAACUCCGAGGGACUGGAAGAGGCUGUUGUGCUGAUAAACCUGUCUUCGUGCUCCAGUGACGGGAGACUCUUCGGGGAGGACGAGAUGGUCAUUGAUCCACUGGAGCUGCUGGAAAGAAGGGUUGAUUUCCAGAUUCACAUUGCAGAGUGCCUUGGAGUCAAAUGGCUGCGAGGCGCUGUGGGAAGAGGCAUUCAGAUCGGGUAUAGAGUUUAUGAUCUUCCCCGGUGCUUAUACACAAAGCCUGUCUGGGAAAGCGCCAAUCCGAAGAUAGAAGAAACAGUCCAUUUCUCAGCCCUAAAUGCUUCCUAUGAUUUUUUGAAUUAUUUACAGAAAAACGCUUUAAUUGUUGAUUUAUGGGGCCUCCAAGAAGGUUGCAUGGAGAUGGACUCCUCCCUUGAUGGCCUUCUGCUCACAGCUGAGGGCACCGUUGUAGUUGAUAAUCCCAAAGCUUUGACUGCAAGCAAUGCUGGUCUGGAUGCAGCUAUGGAGGUGCCUGAACUGUACCGGAAACUGCUGCAGAUGGAACAAGAGACAGAGCUGCUGAGGGAGCUCAACAGAGCUUUAAGAGAAGAAAAUGCUCUCCUUAAAGACAGUCUGAAGAAAUGGGACACAGGACACCACGAAAAGAAGAAAUCUGAGUCACCUACCAAGGCGGUUCAGAUGAUGAAGCAGUCUGCAUCAUCAAGAGACGCUGAAGAGAUGUGCAGCCAUCGGACCAGCUGUGAUGCAGAACUUGCCAAGGCCCUUAAGACCUUCUAUCAAAACAUGAGUGUAGUCAGAGAGCAAUUCCUUCAGUUAAAGCAUUCCAGGCCACCAGUAAGUCUGUUUUUUUGCAACAGUUUAAGCAUCCGAGGCUGUUUUCCAAUUCUAAGGAAUUUUGUCUUUAGGAAUUCGAAAAUGAAGGUAUCACAGAAUCACAAGGUCAUUGAGGUUGUGCUACUGUAGGUAGCUCUGUAAAGUCUGACUUGCAGGUUAAAACUGAGAGUGCUGAACAGACUCAAACAGGCAUGUUGCUACAAAAGUGUUUGCCUACCAGGGAAGCUAUGCUGUAACCGAGUCUGUUGUAUAUCUACUUAGUGCUUUAGGGCAGUUAUGUUGUCAUCACCUAGUUCAUAAAGUUGCUUCAGAAUGAUGCAAACUGGCUUUUAGACUGUGGUUGGCUCACUAUUCAGCAAGUCUUCCAGAUUGCUUGGACAACAAAGCUAUUAUUUACUCAAGCUGGCAAGGGAACUUUAUGGUGUAUCCUGGCUUUCUCAGUAUGACCUUUUCACAAGGGUUCUAACUUCCUGUACAGCUCAACAGCCUCAUUUCUUGCCAGUAACACUGUAUUGUUCUGAUUUUUCCCUCUCUAUGUAACCUUCAGUUAUGCAGUGUAAGAAAAUCUUCUUAACUGGUGAAUCACGUUACACAGUUUUCACUGCGUAAGGUUUUUCUGCACAGAACAAUUUAGAAACACCUAAGAAUGAGUUUGCUUUGGCUCCUUAAGUACUUAGCCUAAAACAGCUCAGAGUUGGAGAGCCAUCCCAACUUCCAGCAGUCAUUUGAGCGAGCUUGUAUUGAGUACUGUAAAUCUACAUACAUAAAUGCAGGCUAGGACAUUUCUUUAGGAAACCUUUGUAACAACUUUUUAGGCCUUCAGACUGUCCUGAACUGCUAUCACCCAGGGCAGAAAGCAUCAGUGACUUAGAACCUAACCUGAGGAAAAGGCUGUUCUUCAUGUGAUUGUACGGGGGAAGGGAAAGAAAUAAAACACACACACAAAACCAAAAUCUACUACCUUCCUCAAUUUAAUAUUGUAAGUGCAGUAGUUCUGGCAUCUGAGUUAGGAGUGGCGUGAUCUGAAUUUUAAUCCAACAAAUACUUUAGACCUGACUAUAUUAAAGAACCACAUAACAUGUUUCUUUUGUUAGUAGCUGAUCGUUAUUGCCUCUUACUCUGGCCUAAUUCGUAGCUUUCUUCAGAUCUUGGUAUAUUUUUUUUUCUGCAACAGAACAAACACAACUGUGUAUCAACAAAGAUAUUAGAUGCUUACAGGCUAAUCAUUUCUGAAACCCACUGCUCAAUUUUGGGUUAUCUGGUAGCAAGAAUGCUUGGUGGUUAUUUCAAGGACAAUACAUGUUGUCAAAGUCACAGGAGCUCUUCUGUACCUACAUUAAAAAUAUAUAGCCACUAGGUUAAAGUUAGCUAUGAAGCUAAUACAUAGCCCUUAAGCCUUAAAUGGCUGGUGUUCAACAUUACUCCUUUAGAUGCUGCUGCCAAGAGAGUGAGAGGUGUAAUUCAUCUGGCCUGGAAAAAGAGCAAAGCUAUACUCCCAAGCACAUCCUUUCAGCUGUGGUACAUGCUAUUCUUGGCAAAAUAAUAAUGUAAUUACGAUCCUAAUUUUAGUUUUUGAACCUGUAGUUUGUCCCACCACUUGUCUCCCUUUUACUCAGUUACCACCUAAGUUAACCCCUGAGACCUUUAGGUAGCCUUUGGUAUAUAAGUAAAACAAUGACAUGACUGUUGAGCCAACUAAUUUCUUUUAUUAUGUUUUAGCAGGAAGAUAAUUUGCAGGUACUACGUCUUUUUACAGAGAGACAGUCACAAAUGAUAAGUGAUUUUGGCCGACAACUUGAGUCUACAGUUGAUAAGCUGAAAAGCGAUGUUGCUCUUAUAGUUAAGAAGAAGCGAGAAUAUAUAGCGUACAGCAAACCUUGAGGAUCCCUUUCUAGGAAUACGUCGAAGUGCACGUGAGUUUUCAGUUUGUCUUUAUGUUAAAGUUCUGUGUUGAGCAUUCUAUGUACAGCAUAGUCAAGGCAGCUUGUUUGCUUAUGAUGUCACUCAUUACAAAUCUGCUUCAGGCUAAGACUAAAACUUCUACGAUUUCUGAAAUACUUCAUCUAACAGUGCUCUGAUCUCAGCAAGCUGUAAGACUGGGG